CCCUACAAGAAUCCAUUUAUUUAUAAUCGUACAUCCUUGAUAUAGAUAGUUUUGUGUAUUUUCGUGAAUUUUAUAUUUCUCAGGCAUUAUCGAUCGUUUUACUAAAAUAGGUUGGACAUUGCUGGGGACUAUGACCGAAAUAACCAUUAACCAACUCCAGUGCUAGUGUGUUGCUAGGUUACCAGGGGACGCGUGCUGUAGCUAAUUACAGGCUAGAAAUAUGACAUCUUUUUUGGCAUUGACCUAAAUUAGUGCGCAAAUUUGUAUCUCGAUUGCCUUGUUCAAUUCCACAGUGAACUGAGCUAUUAGGAGUCGUUCACUGAACUAACACUAGUCGACCAUUUUAGCCUAUAGAAGGAAUGCCUCAUAAGAAGAUUCCGAAAACAACGGUGCCCCCUGCAAAAGUGUGGGAACAGAAGGCACAGAAGUGUGGAUUGCUGCAUAGUGUCUAUUCAGUCAACGGAGACAAGUACACUGGAGAGUGGCUUGAAAACAAAAAGCAUGGUAAAGGAACCCAAGUUUGGAAAAAAUCUGGAGUAAUCUAUGACGGUGAUUGGAAAUAUGGCAAACGGGAUGGAUACGGGACAUUCAGUCGGCUAAAUCCUGCAACGAAUGACUACAUACGACUAUACUGUGGUGAAUGGAAAAAUGAUAAGAAAGAUGGCUUUGGGACCCAGUUCUACAGAGAGACUUCCUGGUAUGAAGGAGAGUGGCGUGAUGGACUAAGAAGUGGAUGGGGCAGAAUGUACUAUGACAAUGGAGAUGUGUACGAGGGUGAAUGGCUGAAAGAUAAACACCAUGGACAGGGCAUGCUCCGACUUGCCAACGAGAACAGGUACGAAGGCUGCUGGAGACAAGGGAAGAAGCAGGGACCUGGAAGAUUCUUUUUCUUGAACAAGGGUCAGUUGUAUGAGGGCUGCUGGGAGGAUGGGUUGGCUAAAUAUGGGACAGUGUCAGAUUUCGGGAGAGAAGAAGCAUCAAACCCAACAAUGUACCCAAUCCCCCAGGUUCGCCUGUUGGACAUGAAUUCAGUUAUAAUGGCAAAAAGUUCUUUAAUAGAAGACGACUCAAUGGGAUCCUGAAAAUCAUCAUCAAAUCCUGCCUUUACCCCACCAUAUGGUUGUGUAUGGAUUUUUCUGA